ACACAAAAAUAUGACUGUAAUUACAAAACAACCAUUUAAAAUUAAAGAGGCCUUUCUUCACCUAAUUUGCGCCACGGAGCACACCGAAGAAGACAGAGAAAAGAAUCGCCAUUACUCAUUAUUCAUUCAAUUCAAGAAUUCUUCUUUUUUGCAUCUUUCAAUUUUUUGUUUUUCUCUCUUUCGAUUUCGAUUUCUUUGUAUGAUGCCGCAGGGUGAUUUACAGGCCUUCUUCACCGGUGAUGUUGCCGGCGACGACCGGAAAGCCGCCGACGACGAUGGAGAGCGGCUGCCAUUGGAGGAGGGGAAAGAGGAGCCAGAUCGGGCGGAAGUUCCUCCUGACUUUCCUCCGGAGUCUUUCUGGCUUUCUAAGGAUGCAGAGUUCGACUGGUUCGAUCGGAACGCUUUCUUUGAGCGGAAAGAAUCUACUAAGGCUAGUUCUAAUUCCACGAAUUUGAAUCCUAAUUUGCCUCCGCAACAUAAUUCGAAUUCGCAGCGGUUUUCGUUGAAUUUGAAGUCGAAGGCGUCGAUUAUCGGAUUGCCGAAGCCUCAGAACGCUGCUUAUGUCGAAGCGAAGAAUCGACGCAAUUGCAAGUCUGGAAACAUUCGGUUGUUUCCGAAACGGUCAGGAUCCGGUGGAAAAUCGGUUUCGUCAAUGAUCGAACCUUCUUCUCCCAAGGUAUCAUGUAUGGGGAAAGUGAGAUCGAAGAAGGACCGAAAUCGGCUGAAGAAUAACAAUAAUCACCAUCACUCGUCAGAAACAGAACUAGCACCAACCGCAAAAGAGAAAUCAGUUGAAAAACAGAAGAAAGGAUUCUUCGCGAGUUUCCGCGCUAUAAUUUUUCGGAGCGGUGGAAGAAGGCAACCAGUCGUCGAACCGACUGUCUCGUCGUCACUCACAAACUCGCCUCCAGAACAGAACAUCAGAGCGCCUCCAACGCCGCCGCCGCCGACGGCGGUGUCUCUUCCAAGCAAGAUCGACAAAACAGAACCGCCUGCCUUGGGCGGUAUGCAACGAUUCGCAUCGGGAAGAAAGUCCAGUUCGUGGAGCGGUAUAGAGGUGGCUUAGGCGUAGCAUUGACUCUUCCGCCAUGCGAGGGAUCAUCGUGCACGCCGGCGGGGCCCGCCGGAAGAUUUUGGAAUUGGCAGCCUUGAUUUGGAUGUUUGCUCGGUAGGGCCGAAUCCGAUUGCAUUUGUCGUUGGAUGAACAUGCGGUUUGAACUUUGAACAACGAUUCAUCAAGAAAUUUUCUACUCCAUUGUGGUUUGGAAGGUAAAACAUCGAUAUCAUAGUCCUUUUUUCAAAUUUUUUAAAAAUAGUUUUGGUAGUACUUGAAAUCUUUUUGUUUGAAUUAGAGGAUGAAGAUUUGUUGUAGAUAAGAGCUUUUGGGAAUGAGUAGUUUGCAUUUGCAUUGUAUAUUCGUUCA